ACUGGUGUAAUUUUUCCAUGGGACUGGUGGUGCAGCUACCCCGUACCCUGAGAGAACGAGUAUUCAUGAGUGGUUAGUUGGUUGCUUGCUUGCUGGCAUUACAAUCUGGGGGCAACAUUUCGCGGAGUGCAUAAAACCGGUGAUCCACGUUGGAUCUGAUUUAGUCGUUAGCGCGCGGGCAACUCGAUCACAUCGUUCACAUCGCAAAACGUGGAUCGUUUAAGUCAGAUUCGGUACCUUUGACACCGGCAACACUUGUUUUCAUAUUCGGGGUUUCUGCUUCGGGGUUUCAUUGCAGUUAUCAUCUUUACUGUUAUUUUCGCAAAAUUCUGUAAUAUACAAAUAAAAAGUUAUAGAAAAAAUCGAGCCAACUCGUGCGAACUGGUGAUAAUUAAAAAUACUCUUUCAUUUUGCUUGUAAAUUAUUAAAAAAUUCAUCUGUUCUUAGGCUCAUCGUCAUGACUAAAAAUGGACACAAUAAUCCGGCAUUUGUCAGCGAGCAUGUGGAUAACAUUAAGCAGCAGAGUAGUAACAAGUACUCACUGGAGCUUGCAGAGAAGGGUGCUGCAAAAGAUCCCGACUACAAUCCCUACGAGCAUCGUGAUGUUCCCCAUCCCACAACCAACUGGGAAACCCUGUUUCAUUUGUUGAAGGGUUCUCUGGGCACUGGUAUUCUGGCUAUGCCAAAUGCCUUCCGCAACUCGGGCUAUGUGACGGGGUCCAUAGGCACCAUUGUGAUCGGUUUCAUAUGCACAUACUGUAUACAUCAGUUGGUCAAGGCAGAGUAUGAGCUGUGUCGGCGUAAGAAGGUGCCCAGUAUGAACUAUCCAGCUGUAGCGGAAACAGCGCUAGGAGAAGGUCCCUCUUUCUUUAAGUCCUGUGCACCCUAUAUAGGCACCGUAGUGAAUGUAUUUCUGCUGAUUUACCAACUUGGCACAUGCUGUGUCUACGUGGUGUUUGUUGCGUCCAACAUAAAGUCCAUUGUGGAUGCCGUCUACGACACAAACGUGGACGUACGACUGUGCAUGAUAAUCAUAUUGAUACCACUAAUACUCAUCAAUUGGGUGCGACAGCUGAAGUACCUAGCGCCCUUCUCCACACUAGCCAAUUUCAUAACAAUGGUAUCUUUUGCCUUCAUUUGCUACUAUAUAUUCCGUGAGCCUGUUACAACUGAGGGCAAAGAUGCCUUUGGCAAGGUGGAGAACUUCCCGUUGUUCUUUGGAACGGUUUUGUUCGCCUUGGAGGCCAUUGGCGUAAUUUUGCCUCUUGAGAAUGAGAUGAAAACUCCGCACAAGUUUGGCGGUUCCUGUGGUGUUCUGAAUGUAUCAAUGGUAUGGAUUGUUUUCUUGUACGUGGGAAUGGGCUUAUUCGGAUAUCUGAAUUACGGUUCCAGUGUGCUGGGUUCCAUCACUCUGAAUCUGCCGGAACAUGAAAUCCCAGCGCAAUGCGUCAAGGCCAUGUUAGCAUUUGCCAUCUAUAUCACACACGGCCUGGCCUGUUACGUGGCCAUUGACAUCACAUGGAAUGAUUACGUUGGUAAGAAGUUGGGCCCCCAACGUAAUAAGCUGUUCUGGGAAUAUGCCGUGCGUACCGGCCUAGUGCUGAUCACUUUUCUGCUCGCCGUGGCCAUACCCAAUCUGGAGCUCUUCAUUUCGCUUUUCGGUGCUCUGUGCUUAUCCGCUUUGGGGCUAGCAUUUCCCGCUCUGAUUCAGAUUUCCACGCACUGGUACGAGACGACUGGACUGGCUAAGGGCUGGCUGCUGUUAAGCAACUUUGUGCUGAUUAUUGUAGGCAUUCUUGGUCUUGUUAUUGGCACGUAUACCUCUCUCAAGGAGAUUGUUCUCACUUUCACCGAAUAGUUGGUUACUUGACAAUGAUUCUAAGUUAAAUAAUUUGUUAUUUUUUAUUCCUUCGAAUUUGCCGCCACGCAAUUGUCGUACAAGCAAAGUAUUAAGCACACAAUAUCGAAUACGAUAUCGGUAAACAUUCUUAACACGCUUGUCAAAUUGGCCAAAUAGCAAAGAAAGGGUGUUGUACCGAGGGACUGCAUGUAAACUACUGAUUCGUAAAGUUAAAUUUCAAUAUUUGUAAAAAUAAUGUAUCAAAUUUGUGAUAUUUUUAAGCAUUGUGCCCAAAAAUUUUUACAUACACAUAUUGUAUUUGUUCAUA